UUCGCAAGCGAACCACUGAGAACGGUGUUUACGAAAGGUUAUUUAAUAUGCCAUCUAAAACGGAUAGUCGAUUAUGGACUUUGGCUUCAAACAUUACUAAAUGUAUUGUACAAUGCCUAUGCAAACUCUGGUUAGAGACAUUGAACACAACCAAGGUUGUCAACAAAGAGACAUUUCUGAAACUCACCAAGUCCAGAGAGCCUGGAAGGGGACUGGUCACCGUUAGCAACCACCACUCAUUCUGGGAUGAUCCUUUACUAUGGGGUUUCUGUCCCUGGAGCAGUAUACUCAACCUGGGUUCACCAUUUCGCUGGGUACCGGCCGCAAAGGAAGUUUGCUUCAAGUCUCCUGCUUCCACUCUGUUCUACACUCUUGGGCAGUCUAUCCCCAUUGUGCGAGGUGACGGGGUGUACCAGGAGGCCAUGAACCAAAUCCUGGACAAGGUCAACACUGGACAGUGGGUCCACAUAUUCCCAGAAGGCUCGGUAAAUGAAAAAAAGGUUCGAUUGAGACUGAAGUGGGGGAUGAGUCGGAUCAUAGCAGAUGCUGAUGUCACCCCCAUAGUGCUACCAAUCUAUCAUAUAGGACUGGAUACAAUUUCACCAAUUAAAACUCCUAAUUGGCUUCGCGUGGGAAAGACUGUUACCAUAGUGAUAGGAGAACCAGUAGACUACACAGAUGAAGUGACCAGAAUGAAGGAAUGCCAAAUGUCUUCGGUGGAGAUACUGAAGGCAAUUACGGAUGAUAUUGAGGAAAAAUUUUAUUUGCUAAAAGAGGAAACAGAACGGGUUCAUUUCCCUCGUAUUGGGUUGACAUUUCCCAGAGGGGUAUCGUCGCAGGUAGAUGAGAAGUUGUCAGCAGCCAAUGGAACAGACGUGACAUCACAGCUCAGCAAUGGCAGAUAGCAAAACAGCUUCAUUGGAAAAUAUAUACACAUGUUGUUUUUAUUAUGUGGAUUUUUUUAAGAAAUCAAAUCAAAUCAAUAUUUAUUUAUUGUCGGUAUAGUAUAUAAACAUUAUAACAUAAGCUAUGAAUAGCUUUUGACCGACAGUGAAUAGCUUUUGACCGACAGAAUCUUGCAAAAGCAAAAUCUUGCUUAUAAAUUAGUCAAAACUUGGCAGGCAGGUGUUUUGGGCAAAUGUUAUAUGGUAACAAUUGAAAUUAAAGUUCUGUGUUUUUACAUAUUUUCAUGCCCCCAGUAGAGUACAGGUGGUUAGCGUGUGGCUAUGAUAUUAAUGAGUGAAAACAUCAUUUUGA